GAAAACUACUAGUGUUUUAAUAACUUGGACAUUUGGAGGAAUUUGUAAACAAUUAUAGAGGUAGGCUACAACAGGUGCUACAAAAUCACUGUGCUGCCCCUUUCUACGUUUUUUCUCAUAAUAAGCAACACUCAGACAAUCCCUUGCGUGGAAGAGAAGCGCGUGGAUUAGUGCAUUAGUGAAACGUGAAUCAUGAAUCAUGAACAGUCGCAACUCAUGAGGAUGUUUCAGAAAAUUACUGUAUGUUAUAGAUAGACCAAUGACGAAGACGCGCAAUUGCCAGACGCAGAGACCUAAAAUAUGAGGAUAUUCGCCUCGAACCGAAUGAUGCGGUACCAGUCGCAAUACGUUUUGACAUGAGGUGUGUCGGCGGGGAAUCAUCAUGAUCAAAAAUAAAGAAACAAGAGGGUUUGUUGAUAAGUAAUCUAACUACGGAUGAGCUAGAAUGACCAGCUCUUGUAAACGAGACAACGAGCAGAGGAGGAGAUUACAGCACUUUCAAUCAGACCUCGCAAAUCUGGGGUCUUUACAGGGCUUUCAAUACUUCCAGCCUUGGCUGAGAGGGAGGGAGGAGCUGCUGCUGACAAUAGUCAAUGAGGAUCAGGGCUGGCAGUCUCCCGGCUUCCCGGUCUCAGCGGCCUCGUCCUCCCUCAGCAGCGCCAGCUCCAGCAGCUACAGCUUUGGCAGCGGCUAUGACAGCUCCCCACUGCCCGGGGAGAAGCCUCCUCUAGCGGCCAGGCCGAGGCAGCAGCAGACACAGGCCAAGCAGCAGCAGCAGCAGCAGCAGCAACAACAGGCCAGCAGGAGCAGCGAGUCCCAUCUCCUUCCUGCCUCGCCCAGUGAGAGAGAGAUUGCUGUGCCUGAAAUGAACUGUACUCUGUUUCUGUUGGCCGGCUACGCCAAAUACGGGCGUCCAUACGCCUGGAUCCGGUCCAAUCAUGAACGCCUGGUCAACAUCGGGGGAACCGAUUCGCUGGUCAAAGACACGCCCAUGAAACUGAAAUCAGUCUCAGACUGGUCCUCACAAGAUGUCCGUGUUUGGGACGUGGUGAGUGAGCUGGUGGGCCUGUGCACCAUGCCCCCUCCUGACAACCCUUUUUCCCUGGACACACGCUACCUCCAAAGCGUCCCCCUUCCCGAUCGCUUCCUCAUAACCGGGGCACUGCUCAACUUUCUGGAAGGCCUCGUGGUCCAGGGAAACCAGGAGGAAGUGUACUAUGAUAUGGUUGUACAGGAAAUGAAAUGGCUGAGACGUCUUCAUGUACACAGCCUGUCUGAUGUGCUACAGCUUCGGGGGAAUGUCAAGCGCAGCCCUCCCGCAUAUGAAGACUCCGCAGAAGAGAUGUAACAGUGGCACCCUGAGGCGCUUCUGUCUUCGCGUUUUGAAUAUGGCUGUGGAGUGGAGUCACCCUGACCGUACGGGUCGGUGUGCUUUACAGGUUUAUGAUAUCUACAAAAUAUAGAAUAAUAAGUAGUAGUCUGUAAACAUUGAGAAGCCUUGGUGCAAAGGUGCUAAUUAUUAACGUACAUAUGUGUCUUGUUCAUUUCAAAGUAUUUUGUCUCUGUGUAAUAAAGCUUUCACUCCAGACGGGAGUGUAAAAAAUGAACAGCAUGCUGUCGUCAUGGAUAUCAGUUAUUUGUUUUAGUUAUAGUUAGCUCUCUUUGUAUGACCAGUCAUGGUUACAUCACUUGUGUAGAUGUGCGCAUACAUUACCUACCUACGCUGGAAUUGUGUAACUCAUCAACCUACCAGAUGCUAACUUGAUGGGGGAAAAGGCCAGAUCUUAGGAACAAGCCUAAGCACACAGGGAAGCGCUCUGCAGCCCUGUAGGAAUGUGGUUGUGCAGCCUGGGCCUAAACCUCAGCACGCUCAAAGACCUGUGGGAGAAAAAGGUCUCGUGAGUACAA